UGUGUGUCUGGGGGGAGGAGUGUCAGGAGGGAGUGUCGGGGGGCCGGGUGUGUGGUGUGUGUCGGGGGGGAGCGUUGGGGGGCUCGGUGUGUCGUGGGGGCUGGCUGUGUGUCGGGAAGGAGUGUCAGGAGGGAGUGUCGGGGGGCCGGGUGUGUGUCAGAAGGGAGUGUCAGGAGGGAGUGUCGGGGGGCCGGGUGUGUGUCAGGAGGGAGUGUCAGGAGGGAGUGUCGGGGGGCCGGGUGUGUGUCAGGAGGAGUGUCGGAGGGGCGGGUGUGUCAGGGGGCUGGGUGUGUGUCAGGAGGGAGUGUCAGGAGGGAGUGUCGGGGGGCUGGGUGUGUGUCAGGAGGGAGUGUCGGGGGGCCAGGUGUGUGUCUGGGGGGGAGUGUCGGGAAGGAGUGUCGGGGGGGUCGGGUGUCUGUCGGGAGGGAGUGUCCGAGGGGCGGGUGUGUAUCAGGAGGGAGGGAGUGUUGA